CUUCCCCCUCGCAGUCCCCGCCUGCGCUGCCGCCGCCUCUGCCGCCGCUUAGGGCCCGGCUCCGCUCCUCCUGCUUCUCCGCCUUCUUUCCUGAGCGCUGCCCGGCCGGCCGCCAUGGCGAACGUGGCCGACACGAAACUGUACGACAUCCUGGGCGUCCCGCCUGGCGCCAGCGAGAACGAGCUGAAGAAGGCAUACAGAAAGUUAGCCAAAGAAUACCAUCCUGAUAAGAAUCCAAAUGCUGGUGACAAAUUCAAAGAAAUAAGUUUUGCAUAUGAAGUACUAUCAAAUCCUGAGAAGCGCGAACUAUAUGACAGAUAUGGAGAACAAGGUCUUCGGGAAGGUAGCGGUGGAGGUGGUGGCAUGGAUGAUAUUUUCUCUCACAUUUUUGGUGGAGGAUUAUUUAGCUUCAUGGGUAAUCAGAGCAGAAGUCGAAAUGGCAGAAGAAGAGGAGAAGACAUGAUGCAUCCACUCAAAGUAUCUUUAGAAGACCUGUAUAAUGGCAAGACAACCAAACUACAACUUAGCAAGAAUGUACUCUGUAGUGCAUGCAGUGGCCAAGGUGGGAAGUCUGGAGCUGUUCAGAAGUGUAGUGCUUGUCGGGGUCGAGGUGUACGCAUCAUGAUCAGACAGCUGGCUCCAGGGAUGGUACAGCAGAUGCAGUCUGUGUGUUCUGACUGUAAUGGAGAAGGAGAGGUAAUUAAUGAAAAGGACCGCUGUAAAAAAUGUGAAGGGAAGAAAGUGAUUAAAGAAGUCAAGAUUCUUGAAGUCCACGUAGACAAAGGCAUGAAACAUGGACAGAGAAUUACAUUUACUGGGGAAGCAGACCAGGCCCCAGGAGUGGAACCAGGAGACAUUGUUCUUUUGCUACAAGAAAAAGAGCAUGAGGUGUUCCAGAGAGAUGGGAAUGAUUUGCACAUGACAUAUAAGAUAGGACUUGUUGAAGCUCUUUGUGGAUUUCAGUUCACAUUUAAGCACCUUGAUGGACGUCAGAUUGUGGUGAAAUACCCCCCUGGCAAAGUAAUUGAACCAGGAUGUGUUCGUGUUGUUCGAGGUGAAGGAAUGCCACAAUAUCGUAAUCCUUUUGAAAAAGGCGAUCUUUACAUUAAGUUUGAUGUGCAGUUUCCUGAAAACAACUGGAUCAACCCAGAUAAACUUUCUGAAUUAGAAGAUCUUCUGCCAUCUAGACCAGAAGUUCCAAAUAUUAUUGGAGACACAGAGGAGGUAGAGCUUCAAGAAUUUGAUAGCACGCGGGGCUCAGGAGGUGGGCAGAGGCGUGAAGCCUAUAAUGAUAGCUCUGAUGAAGAAAGCAGUAGCCAUCACGGACCAGGAGUGCAAUGUGCCCAUCAGUAAACUCUGCAACAAAUUGCACAGGUGGAUUUUCU